GCGGGGCGUGCGGGGCGGCGGCUGGCGGGGUGUCCACGGGGUGACCCUCUGCGAAGCCCGCGCCUCGCCACAGGUUACCUUAAGAAAAAUGGCCCUGUCAGCUCAACAGAUACCCAGGUGGUUCAACUCUAUUAAAUUGAGUAGCUUCAUUAAUUCUGUACAACUCACGAAACGUUUUCCAAGAGCAGGACAAACACUGUCACAUGGUUUUUCUGCUCCAACUCAGUCGUCCUCUGACAAUUGCUGUCUCCGGUGGGGGUUUAAGACUUACUGGACUUCCUCCUCACGGAAUAGCUCCCAGGAUGCUGACUCCAGUAGGCAGGAGAGCAGUGCUGCCCACCAUACUCUGCUUCCGUGUGGGAGUGAGCACUCGGGGAGGAUGCCCAGCGGGGAUUCUGAGCUGCCUCUGGAAGAAAUGGAUGACUUGUUUCCAGUGUCUCCACUGCAGCCAGUAUCUGAGGAGGAGGCUGCUCUGAUCAGUGCUCACGCUUCCCUGCCUGCAGCCUCAUUCACACUGCGAGACUACGUUGAUCACUCUGAGACUCUGCAACAGCUGGUGCUUCUUGGAGUGGAUUUGUCCAAGAUAGAAAAACAUCCAGAUGCAGCCAACCUCCUCCUAAGACUGGAUUUUGAAAAAGACAUUAAGCAGACUCUCUUGUUCCUCAAGGAUUUGGGUUUAGAAGAUAACCAACUGGGAGCAUUCCUGACUAAAAAUUAUGCUAUUUUCUCUGAAGACCUUGAAAAUCUUCAGAUAAGGGUGGCUUAUCUACAGUCAAAAAAUUUCAGUAAGGCAGAUAUUACACAGAUGGUCAGAAAUGCACCAUUUUUGUUGAACUUUUCCGUGGAAAGACUGGAUAACAGAUUGGGAUUUUUUCAGAAAGAACUUCAACUUAGUGUUAAGAAGACGAGAGAUCUGGUUGUUCGUCUUCCGAGACUACUCACUGGAAGUCUGGAGCCCGUGAAAGAAAAUAUGAAGGUUUAUCGUCUUGAAUUUGGUUUCAAAUGUAAUGAAGUCCAACAUAUGAUCACUAGAAUCCCAAAGAUGCUAACUGCAAAUAAAAAGAAACUUACAGAGACCUUUGAUUAUGUUCACAAUGUGAUGAGCAUUCCCCACCACAUCAUCGUCAGGUUCCCACAGUUGCUACUUUGUUUCCACUUGGCCCCUGGGAAAGAGGCCUGGAGAUUACAGACCCUGAUGAGUGUCCCACAUCUGCACUGCAGCCCAGAGAAGAGGGUAUUCAAUACAAGAUUGUUUAAAAUUAAGGAAAGACACCAGUUUCUCACCUAUUUAGGAAGAGCUCAGUAUGAUCCAGCAAAGCCCAACUACAUCUCUUUGGACAAAUUAGUAUCUAUUCCUGAUAGAGUCUUCUGCAGAGAGAUUGCCAAGGCAUCAGAAAAGGAUUUUGAAAAGUUCUUAAAAACUCUUUAGUCUUUAAUGAAUGCUAAAAUGUAAUCUUGAAGCUAGAGAGAUGGCUGAGCCGUUGUAGCAGACAGAUUCAGGUUUGCCGAGAUGAACUUUCAGACCAGACACAGUUAUGGAAGAAGGGAUUUAUUGAAGCUUACAGAUCCAGGGGAAGUUCCAUAAUGGCAGAAGAAACUGUCCUGCUUUCACAGGACCAAGCAGAGAAAAAGAAGUACAAGCCAAAAGCCAAAAAGCCACACAGCACUGGACACUUCAGCAACUCCACCUAUGCACACUUUGCACAUCUUUAGAUUGAAAUCUGAAACCCACCACCACACCUUAUUAAGAUCACCCAGUGACAUUGCCUCCAGCCAGGUGGCUACAGAUGCAAACUACAAACAAACAAACAACUGAAUAU